CGGCAAGCAGCGCGCGCGCACGCGUCUCGCACGCACCGGUCGACACGAUUCACUUGUUUGUUUACCAACAACCCGAUCGAUCGACCGUGAGAAACUCCCGCCAUACUCAUUAUGCUUAUGUUUCUAUUUAAUGACUUUUAUUUUUUCGCUUUCCACAUAAAAUACUGAUUCGAUCAAGAUUUUAAAUAUUCAAUUUGAUGACUUUCUGUUAGUGAGAUGUCAACGCCUCGACCCUUUAAUAAGUCGUCGCCGCCACUUUAUACGCCUCUGUGGACAUAAAUAACGUGCAUAAUGUGACAGAUACAUUUGUUGCGGCUGCAUUCAGGAGUGUUAACCAACUAUUCUGCGACAUGAAGCCCUCGAUGGUUAUUGUUUAUGUUAUCGCGCUUGCGAUCGUCGUCGGUGGCGAGAUCAGGAUCCGCGGCAAAGUAAGAAAAAGGUACACGGCCCACAGGCGGCACCGGGCCGUGCUGCCGCCGUGUAACUUCAAUGAGACUAUUAUCAAUGAUGAGUGGUCCUUGAUGGAAGCGAUAGGGAAAUCGAAGUACAUUUUUACUGGUAAGGUUUUGAAUGUGAAGAAGUUUCGUUCAGAAGAUAGGUUGACAAAGAAAAAGUCGAACUUGUAUACAGUGUAUUUGCGAAGAUUAUUGAAGGGGGAUAUGAGUGAAUUGAGGAUGUUUGUGAAGUUAGAAGGGUCAGAAGAGACUUUGAGUGGUUCUACGUUGAUGGUGGAGCGGCCUCGUGCGCGGGAGUCAUGUGCGCCGGCGCCGAGGCCACGGCUCUCUGCCAUUUUCCUGAGUGAUGGCGCGUACGCUGAUAAGGGCAGAGGACCCACACCUAGACUACGAAUCCUGACAGACCCAGUGCCGUUAACUUUAUACCAUUUGGACAGAGUAAAUGCUGCUGUUAAAGAUAUGGCAGUAAACAAUAUAACAAUCAAAAUGAAGCUAAAGGUUUUAGUGUUAUUGCUUUACUGCUUUACGAUAAGUUAUGCCCAUUUCCGUAUAAGGGGUGAAGUGAGGAAACGGGAUACGGUUUACCGCAAGAAAGACAUAAACGGCUCCAAAUGUGUUUUAAACGAGACGAUAACUAAUGACUACGAAAUUCUGUCGUCAGCCGUGUCUGAGUCUAAAUACAUUUUCACCGCCAGGGUCCUGAGCGUGAGGAAGAUAAAGCGCGGCACCAAGCCCAAUGUAAAAGUGUUUAUGUUUUACAAGCUGUACAUUCGUUUGGUCAUAAAGGGGAACAUCGAGGAACUGAGGAGUCACGUCGUUUCAGGAGAUGAGCGCUCUCUGAACGGCGCGAUAGUAUUUGUUGACUGGCUUCGUACGAACAAGUGUGCUUACAAACUGUACAGACAUUCGUCGGGUAUAUUUUUGAGCGAUGGCUUUUCCGAGGAGUCAUCCAAUGGGAACAAGCCUCGGCUGCGGCUGUUGAACGAGCCUCUUCCACUGUCACUCUACGAUUUGGACAGAGUGAAUGCCGCGUUGAAAGGUAAAUAUUGA